AUGGCCAACACGCCUUCAAUUACCGAAGACUUCUCCUCAAAACAUUCGCCUAUGAAACACUCUGUAGAAGCGGCCUCUCCUAAACUUCCACCGCCUACAAAACGCCGUACCAUGGAAGAAGCAAAAGUUAAACAUUUACCAGAAUUUUGCGUUAAUAAUGAAAUUCUUCCGUCAACCAUGCAGAAGGCUGUUGCAGAGCUCCUAGGCACAUACUUUCUUAUCUUUAUAGGUUGUGGGUCAGCUCUUAUAAACGAUUUUGAACCACUAACUAUUGUGGGCAUAGCAAUUGUAUGGGGCAUGGUUCUGAUGGCAGCAAUUUAUGCUGUUGGCCAUAUCUCCGGUGCCCAUUUCAACCCUGCUGUCACUCUUGCCUUGGCUGCUGGUCAGAAAUUUUCAUGGAAACUUGUACCUAUGUAUAUGGUGUCUCAAUUGCUUGGAUCAACUCUUGCAAGCUUGACCCUCAGGGCCUUGUUUCAUUACCGAGGUAUUGAAGUAACAGUGACCCAAUACAAAGAUUCAACUAGUGAUCUUGAAGCCUUUGCAUGGGAAUUUAUAGCGACUUUCAUAUUGAUGUUCAAUGUUUGUGCAAUCGCCACUGACCACAGAGCGUGCAAAGCUGUCGCUGGAGCUGCAAUAGGUGCUACAGUGCUGUUUAAUGUCAUUGUAGCUGGGCCGAUUACCGGAGCUUCGAUGAACCCUGCAAGAAGUUUAGGCCCUGCUGUUGUCUCCGGUGUUUAUGAAAACCUUUGGGUCUAUAUUGUAGCUCCAGUUCUUGGAGCAAUGGCCGCAACUUUUGUGUACAGUGUUCUUCGAGCACCUGAACCAGAAAAGCCCGAGAGCAUAAAAAGCAAGCAUAAUGAGCUUUACUCUGAAGUCUGA